AUGGCAAACGGAGGCAAGAGCUCAGGCCGUGGAGCGGCGAGCUUCGGCGACGCGCCCCUUACUACCGAUCCACGUUUCGCUCGAGUCCACACGGAUCCCAGGUUCUUGAAGCCCAAGCGGGACGACACUAAGGUUGUAGUCGACGAGCGAUUUAAGGGACUUUUCGAAGAUGAUACGCGCAGCAAGAGGAACAAGACUGAUAAAUAUGGGAGGAAGGUCGGAAAAGGAAAGAGUGGUGCCGAUCAGAUGAAGCGUUUUUAUCGUUUGGAGAAUGAGGAUUUGGAUCCCGCCAAGGCGAUCGAUGGGUUGGAGGAUGAGGUAGAGGAUAGCGAGGAUACUGAUGGCGAAGAUGCUGGACUGGUUGAUUAUGCUCGUGGUGAAGGUAAUCUUGAGAGUAGUUCUGAAGAAGAAUCUUCCGAGGAAUCGGAAGAUGAUGAUGAAGACUCGGAAUCCGAAAACGAGGACGAAGACAGUGAGGAAGACAAUGUCAUGAUCGGACCCUCUAGCGUUAUCGACCGAGAGAAGAAGAAAAGGGCUUCUCGUGCACAACUCGAUGAGGACGAAGACGACGAUCACGGCCUCGGUUCUGACAUUGGAGAGAUCGAUUUGGAUGAAGAUGUCGACGAAGGAGUCUAUGCUCAGCUCGACGCACAAGCCGAACGAGCUAUUGCAGAAGGAGGCAUCGAAGACGACCAAGACGACACUGACGCCGAAGCCGCCUCUUCCUCUCGCAAGAAGGAUAAAGGCAAAGAGAAGGCCCGCAAGACCAAACCCAAAUCGAGCAAGAACAAAAUACCUCGUGGUGACGACACCCAUCGCCUGGCAGCCGUCAAUUUGGACUGGGACCAUGUUCGAGCUAAAGACAUCUACAAGGUUUUCAGCAGUAUCGUUUCUCCCACUGCCUCAGUUACCGCUGCUGAGGCGCUGCAAGCACAUCGAAGAACUGCUGCUGAAGGUGGUUCUUCUGCUUCGUCUUCGCGCGCAAGAGCUGCACCUGCUAUCUCGCAAGUGCGGGGCAAGCUUUUGCACGUCCGAGUCUAUCCCAGCGACUUCGGUAAAGAGCGUAUGGCGAAGGAAGAUCUUGAAGGGCCACCGCCUGAAAUCUUCAAAGGUUCCAAGCGACGCGGCGGAGAUGACGAUUCGGAAGACGAAGAAAAGAUCACGGCCAAGUCGAUCGUCCAAGUUGACGAAGGUGGAGAAUUCGAUGAAGAAGCACUUCGCAAGUACCAGCUUGACCGUCUGCGAUACUACUACGCAGUAGCAACCUUUGACAGCAAAGAGACUGCUCGUCACGUAUAUAACGAGAUUGAUGGCACAGAAAUGGAACGUACAGCGAACGUCUUCGACCUUCGUUUCGUUCCCGAUGGAAUGGAGUUCCCUGAUGGCGAAGAAGGCCGAGAUGCCGAGUUCCGAGAUGAAGCCACGGAAGAUAUCGCCAACUACAAGGGCGUAGACUUCAAGACCGAUGCACUUCGUCAUUCUCGAGUCAAGCUGACGUGGGAUCAAGACGACCCUGAACGUUCCAAGCUCACUCGUAUGGUCGCUCGUGGAGGACUCACUAAAGAUCAACUUCGAGAUGAUGACUUCAAAACUUACCUCGCGUCCGACACAGAGUCUGAGCCAGACGAGGAUGAGAAAGCGGCUAAGAAAGGCAGGGAUCGUCUUCGAGCUCUACUCAAUCUGGAUGGCAGUGGCGAGGAUGGCGGUGGGUUUGGCAAGAAGGGCAAACGCAAUGGUGGAGCGUUCGAUGAUCCUCGACAUGACGAUGAGGAGGAAGAGGGAGAGAUGCAAAUCACUUUCAUGCCUGGUCUUUCUGAAGCUGCUGCGAAGAAGUCGGUCAAUGGAAAGAAGGCAGGGGAUGAGCACGAGACAACCCUUGAAAAGUAUCUCCGCAAACAGAAGGAGAAGAAAGAGCGUAAGAAAGCCGCACGCUCCGGCACUGCUGCUGCUGAUGAGGACGCUAAGGUCAAAGACGCAAAGGACACCGAUGGAGCAAUUGGCAGCACAGAUGCAGGCUUCGACGAUCCAUUCUUCAACGAAGAUGUCGAUAUGGAAGCUGCUCUGGCUGCUGAAUACGGCCAAGACGGUCCUACAUCCAAGUCUAAGAAGUCCAACAAAGCCAGCAAGAAGUCCAACACCACCUCCGCUGGCGACUCUGAUUCUGAUCUUGAACAAAGCGCCCGUCAACGCGCCCAACUGAAGGACAUUAUCGGAGACACCAACGACGAACUCACCCAAGACGGUCGACAGCACUUCGAUAUGAAAGACAUCCUCCGCGUCGAAUCCGGUAAAGACGCCAAACGAGCCAAACUCCUUAAACGUCUCAGCAAGAAGAAGCAACGUGAAGAAGAAGCUUUCCAGGAACGUAAAGGUGCACCUUUGGUUCAGGAUACUUUCGAGAUCGAUGCAAAAGAUGAGAGGUUUGGAGCGUUGAUGCAAGAUCAUAGGUUUGCGAUUGAUCCUACUCAUCCAGGAUUUGCGAGGACCAAGGCUAUGCAGAAGAUCAUGGAGGAGAGGAGGAAGUUGUUGGAAUCGAAGAGUGGGGAGUUGGAACACAGAGCCCGAGACAGUGUGGAAAAAGAUGGAAAGGAGAAUGGUGGGGAUAACGAGUUGUCCGCGCUCGUGGAGAAGUUGAAGAGAAGGAAUGGUGCUUCUGAUGAUGAUGCCGAGAAGCAGCCUAGGAAGAGGAGUAAGCGAAAGUCCAAGGCGUCGGCUUGA